AUGGCGCGAUACAGAGAGGCAGUGUACAGUGCACUGUGGGUGCAGUUGGCAUUAGUAGUUUGCUAUUUACCGUACGGCAUAGUCACAGCUGUCCUUCCUGAAGGGAGAGCUCCUCCCUUUGAAAUUCUAGUCUCUGAAUGCGUAGAGACCUUAGUUUACUUAAACUCUUCGUUGAACCCGUUUCUUUAUUGUUGGAGGAUUACUGAAGUGAGACAAGCAGUAAAGGAGACAAUCAGACGAGCACUUUGCUUUCCGCAGACUUAGUUGUAGCUUUUCAGUAAGUUCUGGAAGUGUUAUCCGUUACAAAAAAAAGGGCUGUUAUAAAUAAAGCUGUUAGAAGAUUUAGAGUUUGAUUCGUUCGAUCAUAACCAAUGAUGCGCUUUAUUAAGCUAAAACACAUUCAGGGGUGGUGUGGAGAGGAGAAGAAUUUUGGAAGUAAGCGGCGGAUAGUCCGAUGUCCACAACAGUAUGAAGAUGUAGUCUGGGACUGAGCAACUUCUGGAAGUGUUAUCCGCCAGUAAGGCAGGCUUUGAAAAAAAUAAGCUGUAAGUGGACUAAGACUAAAAAUUGGUUCGAUCACGUUUAGUGAUGUGCUCUUUUCGCUCCUAUACGACCCUCAGGAGUCCCAAAGUACGUUGAGAACGAUUUCCAGGUGUUUUAAUUUGAUAUCAGAUGAGAGCUUCACAGUUGUGUUUCAAAUCAUAGUAGAUCUCAAAUGUUCUCAAUAGGAUUUUUUCUUAUGGAAAAAGCACCUCCAUCUGGCUUUGGUAUUUAUAGCAUGAGGAUAGACAAAAUUGAUUUUGAAACAUAGACCGCCUAAUUUACAUACAAAUUAAAAAGAUGGCAUCUUUUUUUCACGAUUCUAAUCUUGACUGGAAAAUGGCUCUGAGGGAAACUCUAAUAGCCGAUCUAUUUAUUUCUACUAAUUCACGCAAUCCUAAAAUUUAUUUCAACCAGAUUUUUCUGAAAUUUAGGGAACAUGGAAAUUACAAACCGUAAUAUCCAUCAUUCCAUUUUGCGAUUCGCAAAUCGAUUUCAACUUUAUCUAAAAUAAACAGAAGUUCACUGAUCUACUUUAACCCAAAGAAAGUCGUAUUUCCAACAUGCGUGGAAAUGCUUAUAUAAGUAAUUUCGCCUUUCAAUGCAGAGAAUAUUUCGUGCGAUUAACAAAACAGGAUUAAACAAAACAGGAUCCUUCCUGUAAAAUCUUCGUGGAAUGGAGAUAUAUUUCAGUCAAAGUGUAUUUCGUAGUCAGGGGAGAGAGAGAGUUUAUUUUAAAGUUUUGAUAGGAAUUAAUUAACAUGACAAUUCAAACAUAAGUUAUGGCACUCCUUUUAAUGGUUCUGAUCAUAAAUGGACGGACAGUGGCUGUCCACGUGCGUUAGAAACUUUUGUAGAUUUCUCUGCGUCCUCUGCAAAACAAUAGGGACCUUUGGCAAACCACUUCGGCAACGAGAACGUGGAAAAACAAAAGGUCUAAUGAGCGCAACAAUAACUCAGCACGUGCGUUUUAAAACUGUGUACAUUUCUUAGCCGUCCUCUACAAAGUAACAACGUGAAAUCAUCAAACUUUGCGUGGUCCGAGAAAGGAAACCCCGACGGUAGAUUAUUUAAGUUUCCAUUUGGAACUCAACGCCGUUCUCAUAUGUUAUGCUGAGGUUAACUUGUGGCGCCGUAAGAGCUGAUAAACAUAUUCAGUCAGUGGCGAAAUUCCAACUUAAAAUAUAUAUUCAUUUUUAAAUCGACGUUUUCCUUGGCGUUGCUGUCCUAACUGCUAAAGGUCCCUAACGUGAAAUGACCAAACUUUGCGUUGUCUAGAGAACGUAAGCAACGAAGGCUAAUUUUUUAAAUUUUUAUUUAUAAUUUAACGCUGUGUUCCCUAUUCAGUUUCGAGAUAGUUUUGACCGUGGAAAACAAGUUGUCCACAGCGUCGCCGUCGUCGUUUCUUAAAUUCGCUAAUACACAUUCAACAGAUGUUAUCAGGAAAAAUACGGACUGAUAAUGUAACAAUUUGAGUUUUCCUUUCUUUCCACUGAAGAUAAGUUAGCUGUUCUCUAAACCUGGGAAUAAGAUAAGGUGCUUUCACGCUCAACCAUGAUAACUAGACUAUUUAACUGACGACAGAAUUACCAGUGUAAAGAAAUAGAACAAGAGAGAAUAUAUGAAAAAUAAAAUAGCCAAAUACCGAAUGGUAGAUAGUAAACGACUUAUGAUGUACCUGAACCCACAGUGCACUGAACACUGCCUUUCUGUAUCGCAUCAUGUUCCGUAAUGGACAGAAAAAUAUUGGUUGUUGCGAAGAAUAUUAUAAUUAUUGACAUAUGUAUUUUAUUUUCCCAUCCUGGCACGCAUUCCUGUUCUGCCAGUAUUUUAUAUUUGUUUUCAGACAUCAUCAGGUAGGUUAAUUUUGACAUCCGCGUGUAUUUCAGACCGCAAGGACGGUCGUUUCUCCUGAGAUCGUUUCAAGUUUUUGGUAUAUAUUUUCAUGUCAGUGUUUUUCUCUGGUGAUAAUUCAAUAGCUAGUCAUGAUCUUAUCAAACAUGACAAAUUUUAACAAGGAUUGGGCCAGUCUAUUCAUGAGGAAAACAGAUGCGUAUUGAUGAAGCUGUUUAUUGUUUUCGUUUGCGCAAGUCAUAGGCAUUAUUUCCAAGGAUACCGUAAAUCCUGGAGUAAGUACUUCUCCCCUAAUAUUCGCCCCCUUUGAAUGAACACAAACUGACCCGAUUUGCAACGCAGUGUGGCAAUUUUGUGCACACUCUACCCAUAAGAAGGAGGGAUUUUCUUUCGUGACAGUUGUAUAUACACGACAGAUAAUUUUUUGACAGCAACAAUAUAUCUCUGAUCAUGAAUUUUUCGCAAGAAAAGAGGCAGCUUUAUUUAACUUGAAAUGUUUUGAGCUUGUAAACGAUGUAUUUUCAGACACAUUAUAAUACAAGUGCAAUCUUUUGUUGUUCUUAUUCACAAUUGAAAGGACAAAGAAAAAACCAAAAGCUUCCAAUAAACGUGAAGUUCCGUUGAAAACUAAAAGUAUUUUUCCCGCAAAACGGACGAAGUAAUCAAAACAAAAAUAGCUUCAUAAGAAACUUAAGGGAAUAUACCAUCAAGAUAAUAUGAAAGAACAGAAUUGAAUAUCAACAUAAUACUAUAAAAACACUGUCUUAUUAAAACAUAAUGACAGCGGCACUGUAAUUAAGCAACAACUGCCAGACUGUCUCAUUAAUGAUGAGCCAUACAUCUUCCUAAGAAAUUAGAAGUUCCGUAAGGUAAACAUUUGGGUUGAAUAAUCUUUUUUUCAACCGAAACUAGAGCAUAAACGGAAUAUAAGCGGAGAAGAAAAUUAUCAAUGAGAGCAGUUGAAAAGGAGACCAUAGAAACAACUCAAGACUUUAAGAAACCAAACAUUUGAACAACUAAGGUGUGUUCUCAAAAGUUGAUAUUUAUCUCAGUAUUCUACAUCUUUCUCUUCAUUACUGUAUUUCUUGGGAUUGCUCUGAUCCUUGUGUCCUCCACAAAUGUAUUUUGUAAUGUUUCGUAAUGUUUAACAAGUGUGUUCUAUGUGAUAUUUAUGCAAGGAAUUUACCUAUGAAUGAUAUGUUAAUGUUUUAGCUUGAGGAAGUCCUGUGCGAUUCGUUUUGCUAAUGAAGAGAUUGUAAGUUAUGCAUAAACCAUUCGAAAGCAUCUCUUCCGCUAUUUCCUUUUUGUUAUAUAAUAUAUAUAUAUAUAUAUGUUAUUCGCCAGCCGGGAGGUCCGUAUUGGGAAAAACUGUGCCCUCUGUCUUGAGUACCGCCAGAGGCGUGGUGGACGAUAUACGGUUUAGGAUGAUCGCGGCGUAAGUAGGCUUUUUUAACAUUUUAUAAUUCAUUGACUUUACAGGUUUGAUAAGAUCAUUACCAGCUGUUAGAAAAGUCCUGAUAUGUAAAUUUGUACUAAAAACCUGGUCCGACCUCGGAGAUACAAGCUGACGAGCCUAAAUGUGUAAGGCACGUUAUAAUGGGAAUAAUGGCGCAAGAAAACUUAUCAAGAUCGGAUGCCGGAAAACAAACUGAAACUUUUAUACAACUACGAUGCGUGGCAGGAUGGGCAGAUGAAAUACGCAUGCCACUGAUAUUUCUCGUAACAACCAACAUUUUUCUGUCCAUUACUACAUUUGUCGGUAAUACUCUGAUCCUGGUCGCCCUUCAUAAGGAUUCUUCCCUACAUUCGCCAUCCAAACUUAUGUAUCGUUGUCUGGCAACAACUGAUGUCUGUGUUGGUCUGAUUGCUGAGCCUUCCGCCAUUAUGUAUUGGCUGUCCUUGCUCCACGGAGAUUGGAAUCUUUGUCGCUAUGCGGUAGUUACCUAUUUUGUGGCAGGUUACAUUCUAACAGCAGUCUCUCUCUUGACAAUGACUGCAAUAAGUGUGGACAGACUCCUCGCCCUGUUGUUGGGACUGGGAUACAGACAAGUUGUGAGUUCGAAGCGAAUAUAUUUGAUUCUCAUCACGUUCUGGAUUGUUUCGAUUCUGCAUGGGGCAUCUUACAUUGUGGAUCACCGUAUAGCUGAUUGGAUUAGUCACAUCGUUACACCAUUGUGUCUAGUAACAGCGACGGUCUCCUCAAAUAAUGUGUUUUAAUACUGUAUCAAAGUGGAUGUGCAAAAGCCUCCACUUUUAAAGGUUCUUUAAUCUCUUCAUUUCGUCCCAAGAACAAAUAGCUUUUCCUCGGUAGUAAACGAGGAUCAACACAAACAAAUCAAGUUCUCAAAUUUUCAUGAAAUUAUCAGCCAACGAGGAGAAAGUUUUUUGUCACGUGCAUGAAUCUAGAUACUCGAUAAAAAUGCAUAUCCGUAUUUCGUGACAUGCAUGAAUCUAGAUAUCCAAUAAAAACGCGUAUUCAUAUCACUAGUGAUCUGGAAAUGCGUUUUUAUUGGAUAUCUAGACUCGUGCAUAGCAUGAAAUGUAAAUAAGGAAAACUACUAACGGUUGAUUUAGGAACACUUUCUUUUAGCAGUUUACUUCCCUCUUCACUGCUUUUUGGGACACGAAAACGGUUAACUGCAUUACUUCCUGCCAUAAUCAAGCUCCGACUAAAAUCACGGAGCUAUAAACUAAAUGAGCAAAACUACUAUAAAUUUAGCAUACACUUUGAAUUCCGCUAAGAAACCCCAAAGAGACAACAGAUGAAUGGUAGCUGAUAAUGAUGUCCAAAAUUACGCAACCGAUGAAAAGAACGUAACCAUAGUGUUACGAUUUAGGUGAUGAUCAAUAUAAGCAGUUUGAGAAGCAAUUUAAACAAAUAAAAGCACUCGGCCGAAGGGCAGCCUCUUGCUUUCAUUUGCUUCUCGAUGUUUGAAUACCACGAUCAAACCCACGAAAUCGUUUUUAUAUACCACUUAACCCUUUAACUCCCAAGAUCUCAUUAGCCAUUCUCCCUACUGUCUGCCAUACAGUUCUUGUGAUGGUAGUUUGGAGAAUUGGGUAUUGGAUCAACUAAAAAUCCCCCGAAUAAUAUUGGUCUUUGUUCUCAUUACUUGUCUGCUUGGUAUUGUAUUGAUAAUGUAGGGAUAAAUUAUGUCUUGGUCACUCAUGGGAGUUAAAGGGUUAACGAUAAGUCUGCUAAUAUGCGCAGGAUGAUAAAGAUAUCUAAAAUUAAAAUCGAACCGGCAGAAGCUCUGACUAUUCGAACAUCUUAUUAAAAGAUAAAUUUGACUCAUAUACAAUCUAUGUACGGAAAGAACAUCUCUUGUUAGCGGUUUUCAAUAUUAUCAGCCAAGGCUGUAUUGAAAAGAAUUUACAAGAUGUUUUGAAUUAAAAUUUUCUCUCCACAUAGCGGCCCUCACAGAGUCUUGGUUUAAUGAGGAGAUCGAUAGCGAUCAAAUAUCGAUUGGUGGGUGCGUGGUCCACCGAAAGGACAGAAAGCACUGUCGUGGGAUACGGGUGUGAAUUUAUGUGUUCCAGCAGAUGCCUAUUACGCACCGCUUGGAUUUAGAGCACCCAGACCUAGAGCACAUGUGGUUGUUGGCUUGACCCCCACGUUUAUAGAGACCGCUGUACAUGUCUGCAACUGCAUUGUGCGCAGUGUACUGAAAAUCUCGUAGAACCGCUUUGUUUUAAAAGAUUGAAAGAGGAGCUACUCAAACAACAGUUGAUAUUUCUCUGAGCAUUCAACAUUUUUCUAUCCAUUAUUGCUUUCCUUGGAAAUACUCUGAUCCUAAUCGCCCUACACUUAUAUCCGUAAUCUUGUUCCCUUCAUCCGCCAUCCAAAAUCUUUUCCCGUUGUCUCGCAGCAACUGAUCCAUGCAUGGGACUCAUUUCUGAGCCUUGAUACGUUGCUUACUAGCUUCCUGUGUUUCACGAAAACUGGAAUCUGUGUCGCUACGCAUCGGCCACAUUUUUUUGUAACAGGCUACACUCUGUCUUCAAUCUCUCUGUUUAUAAUGACGGUAAUAAGCGUGGACAUACUUCUCUCAUUGUUUUUGGGGUUGAGAUACAGACAAUUCGUAACUUUGAAGCAAAUAUUUUUGCUUGUAAUAAUAUUACGAUACCAUUUGAGCUUGUGAUAAUAUUUUGGACUGUUUCAGUCCUAUCUGGGACGUCAUACUCUAUAGAUCGCUGUACAGCCAUCUGGUAUGACUAUAACGUUAUACCACUAUGUCUGGUAACAGCAACAUCCUCGUACCUAAACAUUUCCAUCGCCUCCAGCAUAAUCAAAAUCAAGUGCAAGUGCAUGUUCCACAGCAGCCGAGCCAACCAGUUCCAUUGAACAUGGUGCUUUACAGAAAGGCAGUGCACGGUGUACUGUGGGUGCAGUUGGCAUUAGUCGUUUCCUGUUUACCGUAUUUCAUAGCCGCAGCAGUUCUGUCAAAAGAGAGACCUUAUCCUUCCAAAUUUAUCGUUAUUUUAUACUGCAGUAUCCCUAGUUUACUUUUACUCUUCUCUCAACCACUUUCUCUACUUUUGGAAAAUUAGUGAAGUGAUCAUUGUCAAAUUCUACUGACAAGAUCACGAUCAGCUGUUGACUAACUUUAAAAAACCCUUCCCAAAGGCGAUCCUCGGAGAGACAAGCUUUCUUACUGGUUGUAAUAAACGUUGAAGUGGGAAUAAUAGCACAAGCAAACUUUUCUCGUGGAGCCGAAAAACAAACCGAAACUUUUAUACAACUGCGAUGCGUAGCAGAAUGAGCAGAUGGAAUACACAAGCCAAUAAUAACUCUCUCAACAUCAACAUUUUUCUGUCCAUUACUGCAUUUCUUAGCAAUUCCCUGAUCUUAGUCGCUCUCCAUAAGGAAUCUUCUCUUCAUUCGCCAUUCAAACUUAUGUAUCGUUGUCUGGCAACAACUGAUCUCUGUGUUGGUCUGUUUACUGAGCCUUAACUCUGCUUCUAACUCUCUCUGCUGAGAACGCUCUAAGAUAACUCACCAGAGCUGUUUCAAAGUAUGAAUUAGUUAAAUGUUUGCUUUUCGGUUAAGUUUCUGUAGUUUGACGGCGUAAUCGGCGAUUCAUCACAAGGCGGGAUAACGAAGAAGUUCAUAGCUAGAAAGUUUGCAGAUUCCAGUAUCGGCUACCAUCAUAUGAAGACACAUUUUUGCGACGCAAGGAGAACAAGGGCUUCUCGCCAUUUUGGCAAAAUCCGCCAAAAAGCAGUCGAACUCGUCGUUUUCGUGGAACUGCAGACCCUAUGAAGUUACACUUUAGUUUUAAGUCAUUUCAAAGGAAUUCAGUGUUAAAUUCGUUUACUUUAUGGCUUUUUUUAUACUUGGGGAACGUGUCUUAUCUCAACAAAUAGUUCCACAUAGUGAUUAACGCGAAAAGUACGAGUCGAAUUGUUUGGAAGAAAUUACCUUGAGCUGCGCAUGCGUCGUGAUGAAAGCACGUGAGACUGCACAAUUACUGGAUGAUAUGCACACGAUUUGGGACAUUUGGUUGUAGUUACGUCGAGUAAUCCUCCAUGAAGGUUGAUCAAUUUUGUUUUAAAAGAUGACAACCAGCUUUUGAGCUAUUUCGCGAAUUGCCCCUAUAAAAAGUAGAGGCAGACCCGCAGAGAUUUUUACAUAUUACAAACUAGAAUAUAAUAACCAGCUAGGUGGGUAGUUUCAAUUCCAGAAUCGUUGUACUUUUGGAGAAAUUCAGAUAAACGUUUUCCCUCUUUUACCCGGCAACAAAAAUGACCGAAACUGUACCGAGAUGAAUAAUCUAUUGGUGUGUUCACAUUCACUUCCAGCGAAAAUUGAAUGAAUCAAAGUGAAGACGAAUGAUGUUACUAUGUAUGGUAGAAGUGCCAAUUUGUAAUGUUGUAUUUAGCUUGAGAUGAGAAACAAACGUUAAAAUUUUUUUUUGCGACGUUUUUGUUUGAAAAUGAGACCCCAGGCCUCGAAUAAGCAGCCGUUGUUACCAUAGCAACAAGAGUGCUGCGACCUUUAAAAAGGGCACUUUUGUGCAUCCCCCCUGAGUGCCUAACUGCAUGCAAAAUUUGAAGGGGGGUUGAAAAUUUUCAUUUCCCAAGAUGUUUGAUUCUCACAAACUUAUUCUUAAUGCUUCUGAAUACAAGAAUAGGAAUUACAUAAUUAUGCAAUUGCCUACAUAUAUGAACCAGUGCAAUAUACGGUCAUAAAAGCAAUUCUAUUCUCGUCUUCCCCCUUGAAGGGUGCCUUGCGUAUCAAAUAUGUCAAGUUCAGUACCUCAAGUAAUAAGUGGCUUUGAGCAGCAAAUAAUCAACCGAUUAUGCCAAAUUAUCGAGUCAAAAUUUAAUCAGACAUAGUUGAAAGUUUAAAAUGUGCUUUAUUUGUAGUGAAGAAACGGAUUUAACGUUCUUCAUUACUUAUAAAAUUCCAAGGUCGUAACUCAAUUAAUUCAAAAGAAAAUAUUCAAGGGAGCCUUUUUACUUUAGCCUUUCUUUGUUCUUUUAGGUGUUCCUCUCGCCGUGUUCUACCUAUUUCAUUGUGCUUUCUAACUCUCCUUCACGUUUUGUUUUUACUCGCUCUACUCCUCCUACUUCUUACUCUCUGUGGUCAUUCUGUCUCUUUCUUUCCAGCCUAUUUUCACUUAAAACUCUUUCUCCACGAACUUGAAUCGCAAUAAUAUCCUCCGGUUGACAUAGCUUUAGCUCUGCCGGUAUUGUUGCUUUGCGAGUUGAUUAAAAAUUGCAGAUUAAUGAGAAUUACCGUUCAACUGCAACUACGCCAGUAUGAUUUCCCGCUCAAAAUGCUGCCGAUGCUUCUCCCUCACUCUUCGAAUUCCGUAAUAGCUCAAAUUGUGACCGCAAUGCAGUUGCCGCGCAUGUUAAAAGUAACUCGUUGUACAGUCGGUCGUUUGGGCGUAAUUCCAAAUUUUUUGGCUCAAUGGGUUACUAUUAUUUCAUAUAUUUAUGGGGUUACGAUUGGCGAGCUCCGCUAUAAUAGUUUAGUUGGUGUGGAGGUGCCCUGAGAACUUGACGAUAUGCAUCGUUCAAAACUCCUUUAUCGAAUGAACACGACUUAACCGAGUGUUCAAGUGACUUAUUUUAACUACGAGACCAGAAUAUUAAUUAAGAUAUAUUUUCUACCUAAACGUGCGUCAUGCAAAAAAUGCGAAAAAUUGUAUGAAAAUGAAUCAUAUCUGAAUUUAUACCAUAAUAUAAUCACGAAGUACGCUUUAAUUGGUCAAAAAAUAAAUCGACUAUUAUCUCGGUAAACCCGUAGAAAACUUAAAUAUUUUCCUGCGUUGAGAAGUGGCGCCACACGGGACGAAUUAAUUUAUUGAAGGUCUUUGAUUGGAAGUAACGAAAGGACGCUUUGAACGCCGAAAACAACAAGAAUUUAUUUUCCUAACAUUACUCAAAUUUUCUAAUUAAAAUGUAGCUUUACUAACUCGUCUUGCCGUUUUAAGGUUUAUUUUUCUCUGUGCGGUGGAAGUGAAAAAAAUUCAGAAAUUCCCGACUAGAUUUGCCCACACUGCUCGCUGAAAAGGAACAGAAAACUUUUCAUGUUUUUCGCUUUUCACUCAGAAAUUCAUUAAAAAAUUUUUCUGCAUGAGAACAAAAAACCACUUGCAAGGUGGAUGUCCACCCCAGAUUUACAUAAAUUCCAUUAGCUGUCUGCGAUUUCAGCUUUCAUCUCAUGGUUUCAGCGUUUUAGAAUAUUUAGAAUAUUUCAGUUUUGUUGAAUCAAUUCCUUUAGUUUCUGUCACGGCCCCAAAUUUAGACGAAAAAAUUCGUAUUUUCCUUUAUCUUUGGCAUUGACCACAACACUAAUACGUAACCGCGGUUUUCCUUAUAUGUAUAUAUAUAUAUAUAUAUAUAUAUAUAGACUGGCAGACAAUUCAUUGUCAAGUUGGACCUAGUUGAUGAGGUUGUCAACAGCUAGUAAGCUGAUAGAAGGAGAGGCCGUGAUAUUUAUAUUCAUGCCAUAAACCUGAGGCAAUCCUUGGAGAUGCAAGCUUUCCUACAAGGUUGAAUUAAACAAGGGCGUUGCAGUGAGAAUAAUGGCGCAAGCAAACCUAUCUUAUGAUGCCGGAAAACAAACAGAAACGUAUGCACAAUUGAGAUGCGUGGAAGGAAGGAUAGAUGAGAUACACACUCAAAUAAUAAUGAUCUCAUCAAUCAACAUUUUUCUGUCCAUUACUGCAUUUCUUGGCAACACCCUGAUCCUAGUUGCCCUUCAUAAGGACUCUUCCCUUCAUCCGCCAUCCAUACUUAUGUAUCGUUGUCUGGCAACAACUGAUCUGUGUGUUGGUUUGAUCUUAGAACCUGCCGUCGUUAUUUAUUGGUUGUCCUUGGUUCACAAAGAUUGGAAUCUUUGUUUGUGUGCGGCGACUACUUAUUUUAUAACAGGUUAUACUCUGUCAUCAGUCUCUCUCUUCACAAUUACCACAAUAAGUGUGGACAGACUUCUCGCCCUACUGUUGGGGCUGAGAUACAGACAAGUUGUGACUUUGAAACGAAUAUAUUUGCUUCUUACCAUAUUUUGGACUUUUUCGAUCCUUGCUAGCACAUCGUACUUUAUAAAUUCCCACAUAGCUGUCUUGUGUAGCUACAUCUGUAUUCCACUCUGUCUGGUAACAGCAACGUUCUCGUACACAAAGAUUUUCCACCGUCUCCAUAACAUCCCAAAGUGUGCUCCAUCACAACAAGGUAUCCAACAGCCAAGGCAACCAGCUCCUCUGAACCUGACUCGAUACAGAAAGGCAUGGUACAAUGCACUGUGGGUGCAGUUGGCACUGGUCAUUUGUUAUUUACCAUACAUCAUAGUCAUAGCAGCUGUGGGUAGAGGAAGGCCUCCAUCUAACUCUACAUUUUUUGUCAUUCAAUGUGUUGAGACCUUAGUUUUCUUAAACUCCUCGUUGAACCCGUUUCUAUACUCUUGGAGGAUUACUGAAGUGAGAAAAGCAGUAAAGGAGACAAUCAGACAAGUACUUUGCUGUCCAUGGAAUUGAAUGUUGUCUUUGAACAAGUCCUGCAACUGGUACCGUUAAAAAGGCAAACUUUAAAGAGGACAAACUCUUAGUAAAUAGAAUAAGAAAGAUAAUAAGUUUUAAGCUCAGUAAAGAAAUAGAGAAAGAUGUUUUUCGUCUUGUCACCAGCGUGGGACAAAGAAAAAAUUCUGAGUCCCCAUGAGGAAUCGAACCUCAGACCUUCGGAUUCCGCGCUCCGAUGCUUUAUCACUAAGCCACAGAGACACUACGGUGAGCGAGGUCUAUACAAAGUUCCUAUGACACUCAUCCUGCAAAUGCUAGGAUCAGCCAUGUCGACGUUGAUAGCGUCAUGUUUGUAAAUAGAAUAAGAGAGGUGGUCAUUUUUGAGCUCGGUAAAUAAAUAGAGAAAGAUGUUUUUCGUCUCAUCACGAGCGUGGUACAAAGAAAAAAUUCUGAGUCCCCAUGAGGAAUCGAACCUCAGACCUUCGGAUUUUAACACUGAGCCACAAAGACUCUAUGGUGAGCAAGGCCCAUUACGAAGUUCGAAGACGAAAAAUAUCUAUUAAUUUUGGAAAUUUUGGAGUUUUUAAAUAUUUUCAUGAAUCUGUUACUUAUGCUCGUGUUCCGGUCCAAAAUAAUAUAAUUAGCAAAUUCUUAAGCGCAAAUGUAGAGCUUUUUAAUACACAGGAAGAUGUAACGUUCAUUAGUCAAUUGAUUAGUCUGGCAGGUAAUGCCUUUUUUCUAAAAGAGACCGUAUUUAAGUAAACCAAACUUUUAAUCUAUUUGUCAUGUCAUUAAUUCUGCUCAAUUUACAACCAUGCUACUAAGAUAAUUAGGUCGGUGUGGAGUUGCUUAAACUAUUUUAUAAUCCGCAUCAUUAAAACUCUCCUAUGAAAUAAACACGACCUGAAAAACGUGUUCUGGUGAAUCAAACUAUAGUAUAGGUUGCCUGUAUCGCUUAAUUUUGUUUUAAAUAUUUCAGUUUUGUUGAAUCACUGCCUUCAUUUAGACUAAAAAUAUUCGUAUUUUAUUUUUCUUCGGCAUGACUCAACAAAACCGAAACAGCUCUGUUACAUCAAUACCUUCAAUUUCUGUCAUAGCGUCAAAGACUAAAAUAUUCGUACUAAAAUGUGCAUCGCUUUCCAGCCCAAAGUAUUUCUAGUAAAACGAAACCCUUCACUCUGUAUAGGUAAUACUGUAGCACGAUUUCGAGUGCAAAUUGGUGUAAAUAAGUACGAGUAAAUUUUUCAAGGACAACAAGAUUACACGGGCCCUUAGGGCAGGUGCAAUUUGCAGUCUUUGAAAAAUUUCACGUGGUGUAUUUUAUAGUCUUUGAAAACAAUACACUGCUACGUUAAUACGCAAGUGUUUGCUUCGUUAGUUUAGUAGAUAGCUCAUUAUCAGGACAACCUUUUUAGACAUUAUCAUAGGAAUUGUUCAUACGUAAAUUACAUACAAAUAAUCUGAAGCGAUCUUUGAAGAAACCAGUUUCUCUACAGAUUAAAAUAAAUACGCUUUUUGUAAUGGAAAUAAUAACACAGGUGACGGUUGAUAAUAGUUAUCUUCUGAAAAGCGUGAUGAUGAUUGAAAAGUGUUACGGGAAAAUUUUCUGAUUUUUCCGUGUGUUUGUUUGGAACAUAUUUAUUCGUAAACUUUCACAUUUAACCAUUUCCAAUUUAUUCGAGUUCAUUCAGGUUCUUUCAUUUUAGUAAAUCAAAAUAUGUAUAAAAACCACAGUAGCUUUUGGAAUAGAUUUUGCUCGUUACUCGCUUUCACAAUGCACCUGCAUGUCGGUACUUUUGUUCAUCAUUAUUAGUGAAAUUUUAGGUAAAUAUAAGUGUUAAUGGUCUUUCUGGAAAAAUUGGUUCUCAUGGUAGUUAGCAGCGGAGUUUAUACUUGUAACUUUAAUUCCCUUUCAUACCAUAAUUUCCCACACCAACCUUGCAUAGAUAAGCAGGAACUUCUAAUUGCUUUUCCAUUUUUAUUUCCUAAGCUGCGCCACUGUAAUUGAGAUAGGUAUAUUUUCAAUACCAGAGCUGUGAAUUCGCACCUAAUGUUUCACUCUAGAUUCAUUAAUUACGCGAGAAGACGUAACACUCGUUAAUAAGCUAUAAUUGAACAAUCACAAAACGAAACUAUCACUAAUUUAUCGUUCCUGAGACACAACGAACGCAACCAUCGGAUAAAUAUUUCCUUUCUAUGGAAUUUUAAUUUAGUAGAAUCCUUACUCAUCAUAAUUGCUGUGUAUUUUUGCUAUAGAUUUCGAACGCACAUGUGUAUUAACAGAUAUUAAAGAACACAGUUUGAAACCGUUGGUUACAGCAAUACAUUUGUUGUUUACAACUGAAGAAAUGUAAAAUGGUUUCCGUGUUUACAUAGCCUGAUGUAAACACGCGGGAGGUUGGGAGAACACGAGAUAAGAGUAGGAAACCACGACGCGAAGCGGAGUGGUUUCCAGCUUAUCGAGUGUUCUCCCAACCUCCCAAGUGUUUACAUCAGGCUAUGUAAACUCGGAAACCAUUUUACAUUUCUUUUAUAAAAUAACUAAUGAAAGAGGAACGAAAACCGUGUUUAAAUACGCUCAUGUAAAAUGGUUUUAUGGCUAAUCAGAGCGCGCGUAAUAUUUGAAUUAUUUUAUAAAAUACAUUCGAAAUCCGUUUUGGAGGAGAAGAGAUGGCUGAAGAAACAAGAAAGAUAAGGACCUCAGCUAAAACACGUUUUACAAGAAAGCGGAACGAAUUCCUAAAGUCCAUCAAGGAAAACAAAGGUAUCGACACUGUGAAGAGAACCUUCGCCGAACUCAAUGAAGCCUGGAAUACAGUUGAAGGUAAGCAUGACAUUUAUACCAUACACUUAACAGAGGAAGAAGUUGAACAAAGUGAAUCAUGGAUCACUGAACUUCAAGAACUGUACAAUGAGGCAGCAGACAUACAAGCUCAAUACAUGAACGAGCAGAUUCAAAUCGACAAGAAGCAAUUAGAAUGUAACAAGAAAGAUUUCAAAGCUUGAUGGAGCAAAUAAACAAGAAAAAGAAAUCAAUGGAAACAAUCUUUGAAACUCUUACAAAGCAUGCACAAAGUCUAAUGGAAUCGCAAAGUAACGUUCAAGACGCAACACCAGCUUUGCGCAAGACUUCUAAAGAAUUAGGUACUACGAUAACGAACUGCAAUGAUUUACAUAAUAAAGCGCUCGAGCUAGUAGACAGUAAGCGCGAAGAAUACGAGAUCGAAUGGAUUCGUGACGUGCCCACGCACUACAAUGAAGUCUGUGGAAGGAUCGAAUCAGUUAUCGCUAAGGAAACAGAUCACGACAGCGUACGAAAACAGAAUCCACUCCAACUAGAAGAGGUCAAGAUGCCCUUAUUUACAGGAGAAAUAGGAGAUUAUCCUCGAUUUAAAAUGGACUUUGAGAAACAAGUCAUGCCGACAAUUAACAUCGAAAGUGCUCCUUACAUCCUUCAAUAAUGUCUUAGUAAAGGACCGGCUGAUGUCGUGAAAAGUACUGAUGACGAUCUCAAAGCUAUGUGGAAACGAUUAGAUGAAAAAUAUGGUGAUCUCACGAAAGUUGUAGAUGUCAUCAUGAACGCAAUACAGAAUAUGAGAAAUAUCAGGGACGGUGACAACAAUAGACUAAUCGAGUUAAUCAACGUCGUCGAGGAUAGUUGCCGAGACUUAAAGAGAUUAGGACUAGAAAAAGAAGUAACCACAACCAGUUCUGUGAGCGUGAUAGAGAAGAAAUUACCAACCGAUGUCAAGAAAGAAUGGGCAAAGUUUGUAAGCUCCGACCACAGCACUGUUGACAAAACGGAUAAGUUUCCUAGUUUAUUGAAAUUCCUUCUCAACCAGAAGUAGGCAAUUGAAUAUGAGAAUGCAGAACUACGAAACGACUCCAAAGUAAAGGGUUUUGUACAUUUAUCAGAGAAAAACGACAGCAAAGUAGCCACUUCGUACUGGAAACCUAGCAAAUGUUUAUGCAAUGAAGGAGCUAACCAUCUAAUAACUGAAUGCAGGGUUUAUCUAUCCAAGUCCAUUGAAGAAAGAAAAGGAAUAUUAAAGGAAAAGGGAGCUUGUUGGUCGUGUCUCAAACGAGGCCAUAGGAUCCAAGAAUAUAGGAAUAAGAACGUCUGUGGCGUAAAUGAUUGUAUCAGGAGACAUCAUGCAACUUUGCAUGAGGAAAAACGCGAAAUUGAUAUCCCUACAUCUGCAAAUACGUGUAACAACAGAGGUAUUGAUACAUGUCUACUACAAGUUCAAAGGAUUCAGACAAAACAGGGAUUUGCUAACGUAUUGUGGGACAACGGCGCUUCCCUCUGUUUUAUCACAAAUAAAAAAGCUAAAGAGGAAAAACUCAAGGGAAUAAGUGCUCAACUAUCUGUAGUCAAGGUUGGAGGCAUUAAUAAGAAGUUAAUAUCCCGAAAAUACAAGCUCACACUAAUUGACAAAAAAAGACAAGAAUUACAAAUCGACGUAUACGGAAUAGAUAAGAUAACUUCCGACAUUCAAACUAUAAACUUUAAUGGAGUACAUCGUCUAUUCAGCAAUGUAACAAAGGAAGAAAUAACAAGGCCAACAGGAGAAGCAGAUGUACUAAUUGGUUUCGACUACGCUGGGUUCCACCCACAAUAGGAAAAAAGCUCAGAACACCUACUACUAUUAAAAAAUCGAUUCGGACGAUACAUUGGAGGAACUCAUCCGCAGAUCAAAGAAACAAAUGAGAGACACGAACUUAACAGUGUGCAAGUACUUCAUAGUACAUCCUCCACCGUGGAAGACUUCUACAACAUCGAAAAUCUUGGGAUUGAAUGCAACCCGCGAUGCGGAGGAUGUAAAUGUGGAAAAUGUUCCCUGGGAAGUAAGAACUAUACAAUUAAAGAAGAGACAGAACUUGCUCUAAUUGAAAGGAACCUUUAUUACGAUCGAGAAGCCAAAAGAUGGAUUGCAGAAUACACAUGGAUCAGAGAUCUAAAGAUUUACCGGAUAACAAAAAGGCUACUUUUGCCACAUUAAUUUCAGCUGAAAGAAGACUUGCAAAACAUUCAGAACACGCAAAAGUUUAUAAAGAACAAAUACAAGAAAUGGUAAAUCGAGGAGUGGCAAGGAAACUAACCAAGGCAGAACUAAGAAACUACAAAGGUCCAAUACACUAUAUUUAACAUCACGAAGUACUAAAGCCAGAUUCGAAGUCCACCCCUGUCAGGAUUGUGUUCAACAACGGUGCAAACUAUAUGGGUCAUGUACUGAAUGAGUAUUGGGCGAAAAGACCAGACCUAUUCAGCAACAUAUUAGCAGUCCUCCUAAGAUUUAGAGAGUACGAAGUUGCAUUUAUCGGAGAUAUUAAAAAGAUGUAACACACAGUUGCAACCAACGUAUUAGACCAGCACACGCAUCGUUUCCUAUGGCGCGACAUGGAGAAAAGUUUCGUUCGGCGACAAACCAUCAGGCGCGAUAGCAACUGUCGCAUUACGAAAGACCGCAGGAAUGGGAAAAGAUCAAUUUUCGGAAGCUUCUCAAGUGAUACUCAAUAAUACAUAUAUGGAUGAUAUAAUUGAAAGCGUCAACAAUCAAAAAAAGGCAAAACAAACUACAGAUGAUAUAGAGAAGUUAUCAGACAAAGGAGGAUUCAAAUUGAAGGAGUGGACCUUCUCAGAAGAUCGAUCGAGCAGACAUGAACCAAAGAUACCAAUGGAACCAUCUACUGCUACAGAAAAGGUUCUUGGCGUUGUAUGGGAUCCUAUAAAAGACAAUUUUCACUUUAAAGUCAAAUUAAGUUUUUCCCCAAAGAAAAACACAACACGCACUCACAUGGACGCGAAUCCUACAGAUGUUCGACCCAUCUGUAGCAUUCCAGAAGUAUUGACCAAACGUAUGAUUUUGUCUCAAGUGAACAGCAUAUACGACCCUCUUGGGCUUGCCGGUCCGUACACAGUAAGGGCCAAAACACUUAUGAGAAAACUGUGGACAUAUGAAACAAAACUGGAUUGGGACGAUCCCAUACCAGAAGAAUACGGAAGAGAAUGGAUGACAUUUUUCAAUGACUUGCCUGAAAUGGAGAAGAUUUCAGUCAAACGAUGUCUCAAACCACACGAUGCAAUAGGAGACCCAAUACUGAUCAUAUUUAGCGACGGAUCAAACAACGCUUACGGUGCUUGUGCUUACGUCAGAUGAGAAUUAUCAACGUGAAAAUUUGUCAGUUACAUCAUUCUAUCAAAGAAUCGCUUUACUCCGGUCAAAAGGAUUUCAAUUGAUCGCAUAGAACUUUGUGGUGCUAUACUUAACAAAAGAUUGAAAAUCGUUUUACAACAACGGAGCAGGUAUAAAUUUCAAAGAUAUUACCACAUUGUCGAUUCCCAAAUAGUACAUGCUAUGAUACAUAAAAAAACACAUGAAUUCAACACGUUCGCCGCAGCGCGCGUAACAGAAAUUCAAGAAGGUACCGAAAAGAACGACUGGUGCUGGACUGAAAGUAAAAAUAACAUUUUUGAUUGGUUAACACGUGGUAAAAGACCAAUCGAUAUUGAUAUCAAUAGUGGCUGGCAGGCAGUACCUGAUUUUCUCAAACUACCUGAAAGCGAGUGGCCUAUAACUAAGACACCUACAACAGUGCAAAAACUACCGGAAACUAUCAAGGUACUGACAUCUAUCAAUAUUGUGAACAAUAUUGAGGAAGAUUCACUGGAAAAGCGAAUCAACAUUGAUAGUUACACGAAUUUUGAGAAGCUGCUAAAAGUGACAACAAGAGUAUCGGCCAUGUACUAGAAGAUGCCGAGAAUUAUAUUCAAGAAUGUAACUAAAGUAUUGACACCUGAAGAUAUUACAAACGAAGAACGAUUCUGGAUUUUACAAGCACAGGAAAUUAUGCACGAAGACUUGAAAAAAGGAAAACAUAAACGUCUCUGUCCUCGAAAACGUAACGAUGGAAUAUAUACAGUAGGAGGACGUAGUCAGCGAUGGGUGGAAAUGAGCUACAACAAACAGGAACUCAUAUUGCUACCCUAUGAACAUCGUUUCUCGAAACUCUAUGCAGAACACAUGCAUCAAAGAAAGCACAGAGAGCGAGACAGCGCAACCGACCUUACAUUAGUUUAAUCUAAACACACCAAUCGACCAAUGAGAGUGCGCACUAUAUCAAAAAUUAAAAAGAUUAAUGUAUAUUGAGCGUAUGGGAAUUUGAGGCGUUAAUCAGUAACUUUUAAAGUAUGGAAAUUUACGAUCUCCUGUUGAAUGACGAGGGAAUAAAAAAAAAGUGGAAACCAACGUGAUCUUUCAAAUUACCGUUAAUUUCAGGAGAUGUUAAUUCCCUUAAUAGGUUUAUCACAGAAGCCUUAUUACACGUUCAGAAAUAUAAACAAGGUAGGCUUCGUUAAAUAGAUGAUAGAUGAAUUUGACAUGGAUGUAUUUCUUGUUCUUAUCAAUCGAAAUGGUGACCGCAGACUCUGGAAUUGGGUGAAUUAUUUCCAUUCCUUAAGUUAGGUAAAAAAGGUACAUUUGAAUGGGUUCAUAGAGGUUUGUUUAUUUCGAGAGCUUUCUGACUCAAUCAUUGACAACAAGCCUACAGAAUUUGUUGGAUACAAAAUCACUGAUCUGGGUUUCCAACAAUCUUUCAAAUCAUGCUAGCGCUGCAAAUAUGGUAACAUGUUUACAACCUUUAUGUUUACAAACUUUAUAUUUACUUUAUAUUUAUGUUUACAAACUUGUUAUUUUUUCCAAAACCAACUUUCCGAACAAAAUUUGAAAAGUUACAUGACUCAAAUUUUGGUUCGAUGGAUUUUUCUCAGACCCUCUUUCUCAUUAGCAGCUGAGACAAAAAAGGGGCAUCGUUUCGUAGAUUUAUCUCACCAACUGAAGAAAUUUUCCCCAUGCAUCUCGUGUGUAAAAAUUCAAAACAACUUAGGACCGACAGUUCCUUUAAGCGAGUGUCGUUUGUUGAUUCCCUUAAACAUUCAAAGUGUUCAGAUUCUCAUGGGAAAAUAAAAAGUUCUUAUUGGACUUAACUCUGCCUCUAACUCUCUUCGCUGAGAACGCUCCAAGGUAACUCACCAGAGCUGUUUCAAAGCAUGAAUGAGUUAAAUUUCUACUUUUCUGAACGUUUCUGUAGUUUGACGGCGUAAUUGGCGUUUCAUCACGAGGCGGGGUAACGAAGAAGUUCAUAGCUAGAAAGUUCGCGGAUUCCGGUAUCGGUUACCAUCAUAUGAAGAUACGUUUUUGCUACUCAAGGAAACCAAGGGCUUCUCGUUAUUUUGCCAAAUCCGCCAACAAGCAGUCGAACUCGUCGUUUUCGUGGAAAAACCCUUUGACUUUACACUUUGGUUUUAAGUCAUUUCAAAGGAAUUCCGUGUUAAAUUCGCCUUUAUGGCUUUUUUUACACUUGGGAAGCGUGUCUUAUCUCAACAAAAAGUUCCGUCCCAAAGCCUCCCAAAACUUUGAUCACCUUUCUUAAACUGAUGCCAGAAGAACUAUUAAUAUGUAAAUUUAUACCAAAAGCCUGAAGUGAUCCUCGGAGAGAAACACUACCCAACAUGUUGAAAAUAUAAGGCAUAGUGGCGGCAGUAAAUCUUUCUGAUGAUGCUCGAAAACGAAUGGAAACUUGGAAACAACUGCAAUGCGUGGCAGGAUGGGCAGAUGAAAUACACGGGCCAUUAAUUGUUUUUGCAAUCAACACUUUCCUGUCCAUUGCUGCUUUUCUCGGUAACAUCCUUAUCCUGGUUGUUCUUCAUAAGGACUCUUCCCUUCAUCCACCAUCCAAAUUUCUGUAUCGUUGUCUGGCAACAACUGAUCUCUGUGUUGAUCUAGCUUCAGAGCCUUCUGGCGUUAUGUAUUGGCUGUCCUUGCUUCUAGAAGAUUGGAAUCUUUGUCAAGCUGGGUUUAUUACUUCUUUUGUGGCAGGUUAUAUUCUUUCAUCAGUCUCUCUCUUAACAAUGACUGCAAUAAGUGUGGACAGACUUCUCGCCCUGUUGUUAGGUUUGAGAUACAGACAAGUUGUGAGUUUAAAACGAACAUAUUUACUGCUUAGCACAUUUUGGAUCGUUUCGAUCCUCGCUGGUAUAUCGUACUUUGUAAAUUACCGCAUAGCCAUAUGGUAUAGUUAUAUCGCUAUUCUACUCUGUCUGGUAACAGCAACGUUCUCGUAUAUGCUAACUUUCCACCGUUUACAUCAUCGAAAUCAAGUGCAGGUGAAUUUUCCAAUCCAGCCGAGUGAACCAGUUUCAUUCAACAUGGCUCGAUACAGAAAGGCGGUGAACAGUGCACUGUGGCUGCAGUUGACAUUGGUCGUUUGCUAUCUACCGUACGGCAUGACGCCGGGUAACAGUUCGACCUAG